ACCCACCGGAACCCGCGGUUAAUCUCAGGCUAGCCCCGUUAGGCGAUGGGCAACCGGGUGCACAGGAGCUCCAUGCGCCGUCGCUCCACACACCUGGCUCGCCCAUUACCUGUCGGCAGCCGCCGCAGGCCGAAUAGAGACGCCAACUUUCCGAGCAGGGCGCGGCGGACCGAUGUGUCCUGGAGGACGGGCCCGGAGGCCGCCCGGGCCAGGCGAGAGCGGGGAACGCAGGCCCCGGCGGGCUCGCUCCGCAAACUCGGCGGCGGCCCGGGUGGGCGGCGCGGCCCUCCGCGGCGCCCGCGCCCUCCCUCGCCGCAGCCCGGCCUGGCGCGGCGCCCCUCACCUUGGAAACCUGGGGUGGACUCCGCCGUCAACAUGAACUUCCCAUCCAGCCGGCGGCCGCGCCGCCGCCGCCUCCAAGAGCCUCGGCCCGGCUCGGCCUCCGCGGCCGCGUUCCCCGCGUGCCCCGGCGCACGCCUCCUGCUCGGGAACCCGGAGCUGCCCGCGACCCUCCACCGUACCGCCGACGACUCGGGAGAACCCCGCGCAGCCCCGCGCCCGCCAGCUCCGCCCGGCUCUGGUCGGGCCGCUUCAGGAAAGCCCAGGGCGCAGGCGCGACGAGGGCCUUAAAGAGCCCCAGCCGGCCUCUACGGCAUAAUGGGUUCGAGCAGGUUAGGGCUCGGGCCGCGCUGGCGAAGCCGAAGCAGAAGCCGAAGGGAUUGGACCGAGGGGAACAGAGGCGGGGAGAUCCCUCUCGGUCCUCCGCCCCUCUUCCCAAGCGCCCAGCCCUCGGCCCUGCAAACUGCUGACUUCCCAGUCUCUCGAGCCGCCCCUGGCCAGGCAGGGCAGCACAAGACACGCCCCCUCGGAGCCCCCGGGGCGAGCAUCCGCGCAGGCCUGGGGCGCGCACAGCGGACGCGCCGCUUUGCGAGGGCUGCCCUGAGUCCCACUCCCAAAAACAUAACAUUAAUCAAAUGGCACUCGCGGUGGUAAAACAGGUCUUCCACUAAUCCUCUGGAAUAAACCGUGGGUUUAUUCGGAGUCCGGCAGAGGGUGGGCAAUCAUCCAACAACAACCAAGAAAUUCUUAGAAGGAAAUUACUUAGUUUGGGACAAAAAACAGCCUAUUCGUUUGGGUCCUGUCAAAGGAAUUGCAGGCAACAAAAAAAUAAUAAAGGCAAUA